AUGAUCCCCGGUGGUCUGAACGUGCAACUCAGCCGAGGGCUCACAACUUCAGCGCAGGCACGAAACAAGGUUGCCUACAUCGUGGGCGCCGCACGAACACCGAUUGGAUCGUUUCGCUCAUCGUUGGCCUCUUUGACCGCUCCGCAACUUGGUUCAGCUGCUAUCAAGGGAUCUCUGAAACACGCGAAACUACCAGCGAAUGCUGUUCAAGAAGUUUUCCUUGGACAGGUUUGUCAAGCUAACGUUGGACAAGCACCGGCAAGACAGGCGACACUUGGAGCAGGAUUGGAGAAAUCGACAGCGGUAACAACGGUGAACAAAGUGUGCUCAUCGGGAUUGAAAGCUAUCAUUUUGGCAGCUCAACAGAUUCAGACCGGACAUCAGGAUGUUGUGAUUGGUGGUGGGAUGGAAAGCAUGUCACAAGUGCCCUUUUAUUUUCCACGAGGUGACGUCCCAUAUGGUGGAGCACAACUUGUGGACGGAAUUGUGAAAGAUGGGCUCACGGAUGCUUACGAUAAAGUUCAUAUGGGUUUAUGCGGGGAGAAGACUGCGCGCGAACGAAACUUUACUCGAAAGGAUCAAGACGAGUAUGCAAUUGGAAGCUACAAGAAAAGCGCGGGUGCUUGGCAGAGUGGAGCCAUCUCUUCAGAAGUCGUUCCCGUGGAAGUGAAAGGAAAGAAAGGAUCGGUUGUGAUCGACAAAGACGAAGAAUUCGGAAAAGUCAACUUUGAUAAAUUCACCUCAUUGAAAACUGUCUUCCAAAAAGAUGGAACAAUCACAGCCGCUAACGCUUCUACUCUCAACGAUGGAGCCGCGUCAGUGAUUGUAGCUUCAGAAGACGCGAUCAAGCAAUACAAUUUGAAACCAAUUGCUAAGAUUCUCUCGUACGGUGAUGCUGCUCGAGACCCACUCGAUUUCGCGAUUGCUCCGCCAUUGUUGGUGCCCAAGCUUUUAAAAAAAGCCGGCCUUUCGUUGAACGAUAUUGAUCAUUGGGAGGUUAAUGAGGCAUUCUCCGUUGUGGUUCUUGCGUUUAUUAAGGAAUUAGGCAUCGAUGCGAGCAGGGUUAAUCCACAUGGAGGAGCCGUUUCACUGGGACAUCCAAUCGGAAUGUCGGGCGCUCGUUUGAUCACUCACAUGGUGCACGCGCUGAAGCCCGGCCAAAAAGGUUUCGCCGCGAUUUGCAACGGAGGUGGUGGUUCCUCGGGAAUGGUCAUCCAAAUCUUG